GCCAAGGCUAAAUCUUGUUCAUCCAGAGCGGGGCUGCAGUUCCCAGUCAGCCGUGUUCAUAGGCUGCUGCGGAAAGGAAACUAUGCUCAGCGUGUCGGCGCUGGAGCCCCGGUCUAUCUGGCCGCUGUGCUUGAGUAUCUGACUGCUGAAAUCCUGGAGCUGGCUGGGAACGCCGCGUGGGACAACAAGAAGACGAGAAUCGUCCCACGUCACCUGCAGCUUGCUGUCCGCAAUGACGAGGAGCUCAACAAGCUGAUGGGAGGCGUCACCAUCGCUCAGGGCGGAGUGCUGCCCAACAUCCAGGCUGUGCUGCUGCCCAAGAAAAUCGAAAAGCCAGCCAAGACCAAGUAAACACUACAGAGGACCCAAUUAUUACUACAAAAACAUAGG